AACUUUAAACCCACCCAUCCUAAUCGGGCUGACCCAACUUGACCGUCGUCUACAAUUCCCAAGCCACGGAGAUCACAGUUCGUCGUGGGUUCGAAUCUCCCGAAAUUGAUCGGAGAUCUGUUAAUCAUGGCGGCGGUGAAACGUGAUAAUGAAGAGGAGGUGAAGACCGAUGAUGGAUCUCCUAAAAUCAAACCGAGACCAAUCGUUCGGCUAGGAAUCUUUCUCAUCGCUCACAGUCCCAUCUUCAGUGUGGUUUUCUCUGCUGCUGGGGUUUUGGCGCUGCUGCUUUUGCCGCUACUGGCAAAGAACACUUACAUCUCCGAAAAUGCUCUAAUGCCAGGCUCUGCACGGUCUAUGCUCUCUAAUCAGGAUGUUUCUGAUGGAAGCAAACUGGUGAAGGACAUAAAGAAUUUUAGGUUGAAUCAUGAAGGCCAGGGUGUUGAAGUCCAGAAGCUUAUUGGAAAAUACAUGUCAGAAAUGGGUGCAGAAGUUUCUUAUCAAAAGUUCCAUCCUGAAGGGAAUCAAUUUCACCCUCUGCACUUUUUCUCCGGCCCUGAUUCAUAUACAUUGCUGGAGAAUGUCAGUUGUGCUUCUUAUGGGGUCAAUGUUGCUGGGAUUAUAAGAGCCCCUCGUGGUGAUGGAAAAGAGUCUAUUGUGCUGGUUACUCCCUAUGAUUUUAUAAAUGGUGGAGACUAUGAGAGUUUGUCUUUAGGAAUUGUCAGUUCGCUUUUUUCCUUGCUCUCUAGAGUUACCUGGCUUUCCAAAGACAUAAUAUGGCUUGUCGCUGAUUCUCGUUAUGGAGACUAUAGGCCUGUUGCCGCGUGGUUAACUGAAUACCACUCACCUUCAUUUAAGGUCUCGGAUCUUCUUAAGUGUGACGAGCUAAAUACAGCUGAUACCUUCAGACGAGCUGGAACAAUGGCUGCUGCUUUGGUUUUGAAGGUUGAUGGUAGAAGUGAAAGGUUUGAGGACACACUAAGUAUCUACGCAGAGGCUUCUAAUGGGCAGAUGCCAAAUCUCGACCUCAUCAAUGUUGUAAAUUACUUAGCUGUGCACAGGCAGGGUUUUUAUGUCAAGCUGGAGAAGGUUGUAUCUUUACUUUCCUCUAGUUGGCUAAAGAUUUUUGGGGAAAUAUUUGAAGCUGUUGGGAAAUUGGCGCAUACGUUAAAUCCGGACUGGAAUUUUGGUAUCCCAGCCGCAGACUAUCUUGAAGGCAGUGCUACCCUUGCAAGUUCACUGUACUCCCAGGCCCUUGGUAUCCCAACUGGUCCUCAUGGAGCUUUCCGCGAUUAUCAAGUUGAUGCAAUUACUUUGAAAGUUUCACCUAGAUUUCCUCCUCACAGUAAGACAAGACAACAUGAUUUCUUUCUACGAGGUGCCCGGUUACUGGAAGGAACUAUAAGAUCAGUGAACAACCUCCUCGAGAAGUUCCAUCAAUCGUUUUUCCUUUACCUGUUAACUUCGCCAAGCAAAUUUAUCUCUGUAGGAGUCUACAUGAUUGCCUUUGCUCUUCUUGUAGCCCCUCUUCCAAUGGUCGCAGCCUCUUUAUACAUUGACGGAUGUAAAGCUCUUACCAAUUCCACUCAUAACCCUGCCGAAAACUUCAAGUCUUGGAAAUGGCUAGAUGCAGCCAAACAGGUUUUUGCUUUGCACUUGUUGGGUUUCAUCGUCACACUGCUUCCUUAUUUUAUCUGUCAACUACCGGGCCAGCAUUCUCCAAGAAACCGCUCCAUUAUGUGGGGUACUACCUCUUCGUCGCUUCUCCUUAUAACCUUUGUCACAAUCCCGGGUUGCUCUCCGUUCUCCUCUCGACUCCAUCGAAACAACUGGGCUGUCUUGAAAUCAGUGACCAUCGCAGCUGCCUUCAUCGGUCUAUGCCUCAUGUCCAUAAUCAAUUUCGCCACCGCAGAGAUUGGAGCAUUGCUACUAGUGCCAACGUGUCUAAUGGCUCAGCCUAUAAAACCAGCUCUGAGAUCCAGAAGCAUUAAGAGCCUGUUGGGUGCGCUUUGCAGCUUGGUGUUGGUGACCAUCGGGUUCCCGGUCAUGUUUUUCGCAAUCUCAAAAGGGUUGCUUGGAGAAGGGAUCGUAGGUUUGAGUCUUGGAGGAGAGUUUUGGACAUGGUUAGAGUCGCUUUGGGCGUGGAAGAGUGCAACAUAUCUAUACAUAGGUAUGGUUCAUCUUCCUUGCUGGCUCCUUUGCCUCUGCAUCUUGUUUCAUCCUUCUUAGUUCUUAUUUUACGAACCAAUCUCCAUACAAAGUUACUUUUUAUUUCCUUUACUUCGGCGAAAGUAGUCCACAGUCCAACACUCUUGAAAUUUGUCAUGUUUUCUAGUUGUCGCAUGGUAAUUAGCAAUUAGAGGUCUGAUGUAUCGUUAGAAAACUCAAAAAGUCGUAUGAAUGAGUGAAGUUUUUGUAUUGA